CUCUGAUCUAAACUCUGGUUUUCAGCCUCUGCAGUCCUGUCUUUUGCCUAGCCAAUAAGAAUUAGCUGACUGAAAGACAACCUGUCUCCGCCAAUCGAGUGUGAGUUUGUUUGUGUAGAGCUGGGGGAGGACGCGCUGCUGAAUUUCAUAUAACGCCAGCAUCACAGUGUGAGCACCAGAUACAGACUGGAAACUGCGCAGACAUGAAGAGGUGGUGCAAUGGACGGAUUCAUCUUUAUUCCUUGCUGAUAUUUGAGGUCUUUGUUGCGGGUUGGACCAUAGCAGCUUCUGAGAGAGCCGGAAAUGACAUAUUUGCCAUCCAGCAUCAACAGUUUAAAGAAUGCCUCCAAGUGAAUUCCUCUGGAUUUAUUAUGAACAAGUGCAACCAGCAAGAAGAGUUUCAGCAAUGGAAAUGGGUGUCUGAGCAUCGGCUGUUCAAUAUUGGCUCUAAAAAAUGUCUUGGCCUUGAUCCUUACAACAGGAAGCAGCCAUUAAAAAUGUUUGAGUGUGAUGCAGAAAUUACAUCGAUGUGGUGGCGCUGCAGAGGGGACACGCUGUAUGGUUCAUCUUCCUAUAAACUGACUGUCAAACAGGAUUCUCCAACAGUGAGCAUUGAUGCAACUGAUGCAUGGAAACAAUGGGGUGGCGACAAUGAUGUUUGUGAGCAACCGUACCACAGGAUUUAUACAACUGAUGGAACUGCUUAUGGAAAACCAUGUGUCUUCCCCUUUAAGUACAGAAGAAAAUGGUAUUAUGAAUGUACCACUGAAAACAGUGAUGAGGAAUGGUGCGCCACAACCACUACCUAUGAUACAGACAGAAAGUGGGGGAAAUGUUUGAAGCCAGAUACUGAGUGCAAAACAUUCUGGAAGAAAGAUAGUGCAGAACAGACUUGUUACCAAUUUAACUUCCACUCUCUGCUCUCCUGGAAUGAGGCUCGGCUUGCCUGUCAGAGUCAAGGAGGGGAUCUUCUGAGUAUUGCUGAUCCAAAGAUGCAGAAAUAUAUUUCUGAGCAACCAAAUAUUCCGAAGAAACUGUGGAUUGGCCUCAAUCAAAUGAAUGUAGCUGGUGGCUGGCAGUGGUCUGAUGGAACACCUCUCGUAUUUGUUAAUUGGGAUGAUGAUACAUUUGAUCUGUAUCAUCUUGAGGAAUCAAGCUGUGCUACAAUGAACUCUGAUUCUGAUGGUCACUGGCAAGUUAGUCCCUGUGAAGCUGCUUUACCAUAUGCAUGCAAGAAAUCAUUCACUCAGGGAAGGCACGAGUCAGUUGAUCCAUGGAAGUACUCCAGUACAGAAUGUGAAGCUGGCUGGCUUGCAUAUAAUGGCUUCUGCUAUUAUAUGAACAGACAAGAUUUGAAAUGGGAUGAUGCAGAUAGUUCUUGUAAAUCCAAUGAAAGUCAUCUCAUCAGCAUACAUUCAUUAGCAGAUGUGGAGCUGGUUGUCAGCAAGCUUCAUGAAGCUUACAGUUAUGAAAUAUGGACUGGAUUAAGAAGUGACCAGUUCCCAGCCUUGUUCAAGUGGUCAGAUGGAUCUCCUGUGACCUUCACUUACUGGGACCAGGCUCAACCUAAUAUCCCCUGCAAUACUACUGAACACUGUGUGUCCUAUGGAGGAAAGUUGGGUCAAUGGAAGAUUUCAGAAUGUGACAGCAAGCUAUCAUACGUAUGUAAGAAGCAAGGCAGGACCUUGAAUAAAACAGACUGGUCUGAUGUAGGAUGCCCACAGGAUGAGAACUGGAAAAGGCAUGGUAGCUACUGCUACACACUUGAUUCAACAGAAGUUGAGUUUGAAUCAAAAUGUCAUCUUACAAUACAAAACAGGUUUGAACAAGAAUUUAUUAAUAGUCUGAUUGCAAAAUAUACAACAGAAAAUGGCAAAUACUUCUGGACUAGUUUUCAGGAUAGAAACGGCACUGGAGAAUACACAUGGUUUACUAAAUCCAAGGAGAAAGAGCCCGUAACAUAUACAAAUUGGAAUGCAUAUCAGCCAGCAUCUCCUGGCGGAUGUGUUGUUAUGGCCACAGGAAAAGCUCUUGGCCGAUGGGAGGCCAAAAACUGCAACACCUUUAAAGCUAUGUCUAUUUGUAAGAAGAGUAUUAGCAAUACUACAGAAACUGAGGAAACACCCCCAACAGGCUCUUGCCCUCUUGGGUGGCAAACUAACCCAGACCUUCAACACUGCUACAAGAUCUUUCAUCAUGAGAGGGUGGUACGAAAGAGAACAUGGGAAGAGUCUGAACGAUUUUGUGAGUCACUUGGGGCCCACUUGCCAAGUUUCAGUCACCAUGAUGAGAUGUUAUAUCUUCACAGCUUGCUAAGAAAAACAAUUACUGAUGAACGUUGGUUUUGGGUUGGAUUAAACAAGAGAAAUCCAGAUUCCAAAGGCUCUUGGGAAUGGAGUGACAGCAGACCGGUUUCGUUGGUGACUUUACCCUUUGAUUUUAAAGAAGAUGAUUAUGCUGUCAGAAAUUGUGGUGCAUUUCAGACUCAGAGACCUUUGUGGCAUCGUUUCAUGAUGUUUGAUGUCAGAAGGAAAUUUGAUUAUCACUUGAUGCCCUUCCAUUGUGAUAUUAAACUGGAAUGGGUGUGUCAAAUACCUAAAGGGAUUAAAUUGAGGAGACCUCCCUGGUACAUUCCUGACGGCGAGAGUAUUCAUGGGCCCACGGUUGUUAUUGAUGGUAAUGAAUAUUGGUUUGUGAACAACACCAGGUUAACUUACCAAGAAGCUGAUCUAUAUUGUUCAAGGAAUGAGAGCAAAUUGGCUUCCAUAACAUCCAGACCUGCAAUAAAAAUGAUCAAGACACAUCUACUAAAGCACUUUCCUUCGUUGCUAAAGUGGUGGGUAAAGGCCAUCAAUUACAAUAUGAUGAACAGUCCAUUUUUUGGUCCCUAUUAUAUUUAUGAUCGAUUUCACUCCUUCCAUAACCGAUAUAGAGAUUGUUGGUUUAUAACUCCUUAUGUCCGGUGGAUUGAACACCAUGAGUUUGUGGACUGCGCCAGACCUCUUCCCUUCAUUUGUCAAAAAUUAAAUAUAUCAUCGUUAGAGCCAUGGUCUCCAGAAGCCAAUGUGUCAGGUACUCCAUGUACUGGUGAUUGGAUCCCCUUUGGAGAUAAUUGCUAUAACUUUGUUAAAACGAAUGCUUUGCCAUGGGAGGCUGGAAAUCGAUUCUGUCAGAGCCUAGGUGGGAACUUGCUGACUAUCGCCAAUUCUGUGGAACAAGAUUUUAUUGUAUCCCAUUUAUCAUCACUGCCACGUAGAAUUUGGCUCGGUAUGCAAACCUCCACUGCAGCUGGAACAACUAAAUGGGUGACAGAAAGACCAGCUGAUUAUACAAAUUGGCAACCAUCAUUUGAGGUGGCAUUGCGUACAUUUGAUAUUUUUCAUUUAGAAAGACAAUGUGCCGUUCUACUAAAUGACCAAGGCACACCAUUCAUUGGAAAAUGGGAUAUGGCAGCUUGUGAUAAGAAAUUUGUUGCUGUGUGCCAAAAACCUCGAGGUAAUGAUGGAUUACACUUUCGCUGGUCAGAUGGAAGACACACUACUUAUAGUCACUGGAGCAAAGAUGAUUCUGUGCCUGUUGACAAUUGUGUGUACAUGGACAUUGAUGGGUACUGGAGAACUCUGAGCUGUGAUUCAGUUUUAGAAGGAGCCAUUUGCCAUGUUCAACAAAAAGAAACUGUACCAGAAAGGCCUGAUGUUGAAACCGUGAAGUGCCCUCACAAGAUUGAAGGACCAUUAUGGAUACCAUUCAGAAAUAAUUGUUAUGCCUUUCUACUGAAUGCUGAAAUGCCUGGGCUUUUUCAAGAGAGCACUGUCCACAGCUUGUGCAAGAAAUUGGAUGAGCAGUCUAACAUUUUGACUAUUAGAAAUGAAGAAGAAAACAACUUUAUCACAGAACAGCUAAAAAUUCACAGUUAUCUGUUUAAAUGGGUGUGGCUAAGUGUUCGAUAUAAUGGUAAUUAUACGAUAUGGUAUGAUGGUUCUUACGUAAGGUAUUCAAACUGGCACUCUGGUAGACCCAACUUUCAGAACACACAAACUUUUCUAGCAGUUGGUCUUGAUAUGGAUGGCUUCUGGUACCAUUUUGGCCAUCCUUUGCUACGUGCACAAUUGAUAUUGCAAAGCAUUUUUGUUUGCAAAAUCGAGAGAGAUCCUGACCCAAGUCACUUUCUGCCUCCACAUGUAAAGGCAGAAUAUGGAAACCAUAAGUACCUAUUAAUUCAGAAGAAGGUGAAUUGGUAUGAGGCACUGCAACAAUGUCAAAUGUCUGGAUAUCAACUUGUCAGUGUCAAUAAUGAAUCUCAGCAUUUGUUUCUGAAGAGCUUGGUGAAGUCAGAUGGUUUUCCUCUUUGGAUUGGCUUGUUCAGUCAAGAUGAGGGAUCAACUUUCGAGUGGUCAGAUGGAUGCAAUUCAGAAUACAAGCCUUGGGAAUAUGAAAAUCUUAAUGCAAAUGGCAGUUGUGUAUUUAUGGAUACUAAAGGCUUCUGGAACCGUGCAGCCUGUAAUAGUGUGGUUGAUGGAGCUAUUUGUUAUGCUUCACAGAGUAGAAGGACAUCAACUAAUCAACAAGAAAAUAAAUCAAAAUUCUGUCCUCAGAAAAAUGGGAAGUCAUUAUGGGUCACAUUCAGAGGACAUUGCUAUGCAUUUGACAUGGGCUUGUAUAACUGGUCUGUAUUUACCAUGGAAGAAACCAAAACAAUCUGUUCUCAACUGGAUCCUUCUGCUGAUAUUCUGAGCAUUAAAGACAGAGAAGAAAAUGAUUUUGUAACCAACCAAAUCCGAGAAGAACAGGGAAUCACAGGACGAGUCUGGCUCGGAAUUUCUCUAGGUAAGAAAGAUAAAUCCUUACUGUGGCCAGAUGGUUCAAACCUUGCUUAUGCUAACUGGAUUAAUAACAAUCUCUCGGUUCCAACUCAUGACAAGUGUGCCGUUAUAUCUUCCAAAAAUGGAACAUGGAUUCUAACCAGCUGUUCAAAAAGUCAUAGCAGACUUGUCUGCAAAGCUCCAAUGAGAUCCAGUCACAGAGCUGCAGCAUUAGUGAUAACAGUGAUAUUUAUCUUGCUGCUAAUUGGUGCAGUUGUGUGGUUUUCGUACAAAAGGAAUAAGUGGCGAUGGGCUAAUCCCUUUGGAACUGUGCAUUAUGAACGUAGUUAUAAUGAUCCCACAGAUUCAGACAGCACAAUUAUGAUAUCAGAACUUAAAGAAUUCCAUGAUUGAAAUUUGUUAUCAGUGUCACCAAAAUGCUUGAGGAAUUUCAAAACAUUGACAUAUUUUGUCUUUAAUUUGAAAAAUUGCUAAAUAAUUUCACUUGUAUGAAUAUUUCCUGACUUGCAUUACUUACAUUUUUGAUAAAUACUGCUACAUAGUUAGUAUUGUAGUAGUUUCCAGAGGGUGUGUUCUUUUGUGAAAUAUCUGCUUUAAAAACAUAUUUUUAUACUAUAUUAAGUAAACAUUCCAAUGAUGGAAAGAAUCAUAAUAUAUGCAAUCUGUUAACUCCAUAAAAGACUUCCAGUAUUUUUCCAAUCAUGUCAUGAUAUAUAGUUGCUGAUAUGACAGAUAUUUACUGAUAUCUCUAUAUAUCUUAAAGCCAUUGGAAUUUCACAUUAACAAUGUAAAAUCAAAUGUGUGUACAUUUUAAAAUUAUAUAUAUAUAUAUAAUAUAUAUAUAGUGUAAGGGGUGUUAAAAGCCAUAACACUUGGAUUUUAGAUGGUUUGUGUAAACUGGGGAAAAUUGCUAUUGUUUAUGAAAUCCUACUUAGUAUUUUUAUGUCAGUGCCUUGUAACUUUUUUCUCACAGCAGACCUUCAAAGUUUAAUAAUUAGUUGUAAACCAAUCUCUAAUCCAAAUAUAAGAUUAGGUUGCAUUAAGUUUCACAUUAUAAGUCUUUCUAAAGCUUGGGGUUUGUUAAUGCAUAUAAAUUCUUUACUAUUAUGAUACAGUAUCUAUAACAAUUAAAAUUGCUGUUCUCAGCAAAACCAUCUUAAAACAUAGUUUAUUUUAACUUUGACAAUUACUGUCUAAACCAUAUAUGGAUGCUUAAGGCAUCUCUAAUUCCAAAAGUUUCUGCUGUGCUUUUCUUUGCGUGUAUUUAAAACUCUUUUAAAAGAUUAGUAAUAGUCUUUAAUUAUUUUAAGGUUUUUAAUUGGGUGAUUUAACAGAAGCACUUCUCAUUGAUGAACAUUAGUCGAGAUGUGACCAAACUACUGUUAAAUUCAAUUUAGUGAAUACUGUACUGUGCAAUAUGAUAAGAAUAGAAUGUGUUGCUUUACACCUAUCUUAUAAAGCAGAAAGACCAAAAAUGCAGAGCACUACUGAACUGUGUUGCCAAAUAUUCUAUCCUUGAACUAUUUUUUGAAAUCCUGAAACAAAUUUAGUAAUUGAAGUUUUGAAAAUUAAACAUUUGAGUAACAAAGUGCUCAAAAGGGCAAAUCAGUAUUAUAAUUUUGCCAUCAUGCUUCUUUGAAAUACGAUGAAAUUGAAUAAUUUUGUAUUUUUAAAAAAAAAUACUUGACAAAACAUUUUAAUUUCACCAGACUUUAAGAUGAGAGUUAGGAAAAGUGUUAGAAUAAUUCAACUUGUUUACUUCUUAAACUAAAUUAUGAACGUUAGCAAAAAAAAUUAUCUUCAUAUAAUAUGAAAUGCAUUCUUUAAGUUGAAUUCAAUUCCUUGAUUUUAUUAAGAUUUUACAACAUUUUUGGCAAUUGACAAUUACGUGGGGACUUACUGCGCUGUGCAAUUGUGCUUGAAUUCUGCAUUAACUUUCAGGUUGCUUUUUCAUAUGCUGAUGUUACUAACAUCCUGUUGAGUAAAUGGAAAUCAUGCUACAGCUGGAGUAGGGACAGUUCAGAAUUAAAUAUUUUACUCCCAAUUAGGUACUAAGAGGUUGCAUAAUGGUAGUAAUCCAAAUGCCUACACUAAUGCUUGUCACAGGUUUAAAUUCCAAGAUGACAGCUAAUGAAAUAUAAAUUCAAUUUUUUUUAAUUUAAAACUUGUCUCAGUAAAGAUACAAUGAAACCCUCAACCAUCAAUUGUCAUAAAACCCAAAACUAAAAUCUGAAAUAAGGAACUCAAUCAUUCAAUGCCCUGAAGAAGGGUCAGUGUACUCAAAACAUUAACUUUGCUUUCUCUCCAUGGAUGCUGCCAUAUGUGUUAAGUUCCUCCAUCAAUUUGUGUUUUUUUUUAUAAUCCUAAAAAGCCAUCUGGUUCACCACAAUGUCCUUUAGGGAAGGAAAUCCAACCUUAUCUAAACUGACAAAUAAGUCAUAUCAGAUUCACAGUAAUGAGGUUCACUCUUAACUGCCAUCUGAAAUGAGUUGGCCACUCAGUUCAAAGGCAAUAAGAAUGAGAAACAAAUGCUGUUCUUCCCAGGGGUGCCAACAUUCAAUAAAAAAAAAAGAAAAAAAUAACUAAUUUCACCAGGACGGACUCAUUUCUGUAUAUUUCACUUUUUAUUCUGGUCCAGGCAAAUGAAUAAACUGGGUCGAUAUACUACCUUUCAUCUUGAGGGCCUAGGCUUCACUUCAACCUGAAAUUGAAGUCUCUUCUGUCCAGUAAUGUUGUUUUGUAAGUUAGUUUUAGACAGUUGUAAAAUAGUUCAUAAAGUGAGUUAGAGCAGGACACACAACAGCAAAUCCUUUGAAAAUCUUGCUGAGUGGCAGCAAUGUAGGUAGUGACAAGAUGAAAGUCUACUACAUGAGGUGGAGGUGCUGGUGUUGGAUUGGGGUGGACAAAGUUAAAAAUCACACAACACGAGGUUAUGGUCCAACUAGCUA